UUACGGCAUGAUUUAUGAUCAGAGAAUAAAAACAUCACAAGCAAGUGUGCUAACUAUUAAAUAAUAUUCGAUAUAGGCAUACCACAUAUUAUUCACUUAUGAAGCGAGAUGUAUACAAGAUCCAAAAAGUUCAAACAUGUAAAUAAGUUAACUAAUAUAAAUAAUAAAAUGAACUUGUCCGGCCAACUAGUCGGGUAAAAAACUAGUUUAAAUAUAAAAAUUAUCCAAACGAAAUGUUAUAAUUGGUUGGAGCUAGUGUUAACACCAUACUAAAAAAAAAGUGCUAGCACCCUUCUCGUCCUGUACAUUUAUGACCCGCUCAUUAACACAAAAUGAAUGAAAAACGAGAAAAAAACCUUUCAUUCCAUUAUGGUCUCUUCAUCAUCCAUUCCACACGCAGCCGAACACGCACUCUAUUCUCAGCAGCAGCAGGAAAGAACACGGGGGGCCAUGGGGAACGCACAGACCAACCCCUUCCAUUCUUGAGAGAUCCGUUCUAACCGUCUCUUCCUUCCUCCACCAAUGGCAGCCGCAGCCGCAGCUUCAACGCUCUAUCUCCUCCCUUUCAUCAGCUGCUCUUCGCCUGCACCUUGUUCUACUGCUUCCUCUUCGCCAUUCCUUGUGCAUUUAUCAUCUAGCAAUAGUUUCGGUUCCGCAGCUUUGAAUUUUUCGUUCCCUCGUGCUCUCAAGUUCAGGCGGGAGAAGGCUCCUUCCAAUCGCUACAGCCCUGUGGUUCAUGCACCUUCCGGUGUGAAACUUUGAUAAUGGAUCAGAUUUGUGGUGAAACCGCAAGGGGCUCUUUGCCUCUAGGGCUGGUAUAUAUAUACUGCGAGAUAACUCGCUUCUGUACAUUCAAGUUUAAUUACAACGGAUAUAAACAGAAUCAACCCUAACUAUCAAUCAGGAAGAAACACGUGGUAUGCACAGUAAUAAUUGAAACGAAAUAAACACUGUUAUAGAACGACAUCGUUCCGAUACCAGCUCUUCACUUGCUUCUGGUUGAAACGUCGCCGUGCUACAAGCUCAUCAGUGUUCUUGAGACAGAGUCAUUUCCUGCAAUCGUCUUCAGCAACACCAUCUUCUCUAACAUGCCCCCUCAAGCUGACAUACAUAUCAUGUAUGUUCAGCUUGGAUAACAAAUGCUCCAGACGAUG